GAGAAACGUAGAAAGGGCGGCCGAGAUCGGGUGUGCCGACUUUUAAACCCCAAAACUUUCUUCCCUUUUUAAGGUCUUUCUUCAAGGUUUUCUCAUGCUCUAAAAUUUGUCAUUUCCUUUUCAUUCCCACUUCUUUCAUAAUCCAAACCAGUUCUUAAAAACUAGAGAGAAAGAACGACAAAAACAAUGGCAACGUUCAGCGAAGCGCCACCAGGUAACAAAGAUGCAGGAGCUAAGAUCUUCAAGACUAAGUGUGCUCAAUGUCACACUGUUGAACAAGGCGCUGGUCACAAACAAGGUCCCAAUUUAAAUGGCCUUUUUGGAAGGCAAUCUGGGACAACUGGUGGGUACUCUUACUCUGCUGGGAACAAAAACAAGGCUGUUGUCUGGGGAGAAGAUACUCUCUACGAAUACUUGCUGAACCCCAAGAAGUAUAUCCCUGGUACUAAGAUGGUGUUCCCUGGUUUGAAGAAGCCACAAGAUCGUGCAGACCUUAUUGCUUAUUUGAAGGAAGCUACUCAGUAAUUUCAGAACACACUUCCUGCUUUUGAUUGGAAAAUGAGAAUUUUGUUACCUUAGCUGAAACCAACUUAGAAUUCAAUUUUGUCUAAUAAGUUCUCAUCUUGGUGGGGAAAUUUGCCCUCGAUUUUUCUAUAUUAUGCUGCUACAACUUUGUCUAUUAGCAAUUAUUUACAUACGUUUUGUUCCCGUAAAGGGAAAGGAAUUAUUUUUUUUGUAAUAGUUUUGCUGGUUCAUGAGCAAGGAAGAUUCAAAUUGUGAGCUCAUGAGUUUGUGAACUUUGAAGGUGUUUUCAUGGGUAAUAUGAAUGUUUUCUUAUUUUUCGUUCA